CGUUCUACGUCAAACAACGAGAUUUCGGCCUUUUCUCGGCCAACCAACAUGCCGAAACCUAAAAAGGGCAAGAAGAAGAUAGCGGCAGCACCUUUGCUGUCGAAAAAGGUUGAGCCAAAAACAGUGGUCAACCCUCUUUUUGAAAAGAGGCCAAAGAACUUUGGAAUUGGUCAGGAUAUCCAGCCCAAACGUGACCUUAGCCGAUUUGUGAGAUGGCCCAAAUACAUUAGACUCCAACGUCAGUUCGCUGUCUUGAAGCAGCGUCUGAAGGUUCCCCCUCCACUCAACCAGUUCACACAGGCUCUCGACAGACAGACAGCUACCCAGCUGUUCAGACUGUUGGACAAGUACAAGCCUGAGACCAAGCAGCAGAAGAAGGCUCGUCUCGGUGCCCGUGCUGCUGACCGUGCUUCAGGGAAGGAAGAUGCGCCCACAAAGCGCCCUCCAGUUGUGCGAUCUGGUGUCAACACAGUUACAACUCUUAUCGAGUCCAAGAAAGCCCAGCUGGUUGUCAUCGCACAUGAUGUAGACCCAAUCGAGUUGGUGCUGUUCAUGCCGGCGCUGUGCAGGAAGAUGGGCGUCCCCUACUGUAUCGUGAAGGGCAAGGCUCGUCUUGGGCGUGUCGUACACAGGAAGACGGCUACAUGUCUAGCUCUCACCACUGUCAACUCAGAGGACAAGAGUCAACUUGGCAAACUUGUAGAAUCAGUGAAGACAAACUUCAAUGAAAGGAGUGAGGAGAUCCGCCGACACUGGGGUGGUGGUAUCAUGGGAGCCAAGUCACAAGCAAAGAGGGCCAAGUUCGAGAAGGCACGCGCAAAGGAGCUGGCACAGAAAAUGAUGUAAUGCGCGAAAAAUGUACAUCAGAAAAUAAAUUAAGGGAAAAAAUA